CAUAUUUGCGCAUCUCACCCUCUUUGACAUUCUUCCUCUCUUUAACUCUAAAUUUCAGAUAUUCCUCAAUAAAAUAAAAUAAGAUCAACAUUCAGGAAUUUAUCUUACAAAUUCUUGUACUUGUUUAUUUCUAAGUUCCCUUUUUACUCAAUUUCCAGUUUUCAUCUGGGUUUAUAGAUCAACACUCAAAUCUUGCAGUUGCAGCAGAUUACACUACUUUCAGCAUCUUCCAACCUGGGAAAAUUUUGUUUGAGGAUUGUUGUAAGUUGAUGGCUAAAGAGUAGUAGUGAUUUGAGGGACCUAGCUAACCACCUGGGUGACGAAUUGAACUCCUUGUUUGUGCAAUGGAGGAUCCUAAUAAUGAUGACAUGGACUCUCUGUUUGAGGGAAUGGUUUUAUUUACUCCUCAAGUAGUAGAUAAGCAUGAAGUAAAUUCUCAUACAGAUGAUUUUUCUUCGGUGAAAAAUGGUGACACAGCAGCUUUAUUAUCGGAGCCUUCGCCGUCAUCUCAACCUCUUGAUGAGAAUUUAUUCUCUGAUCUCACUGUCAUCACUCCUUCCCAUGUUGAAGCAAUUGAGACUGAGACACAGAUGCCAUCAGAUAAUCCUACAGUAAUGACAACUAGCACAAUGAAGUCUGAGCCACAAGCAGCUCCGGCUGCUACUAUGUAUCGACAAUCUUCUAGAAAAAAGAAAAGAGCCGGUCUUAGGAUUGGAUAUGGGAGGGAUUCACAACUUGCUGAUGAUCCAGAACCUAUGCAAAAUUCUUCAGAAUCAUCAUUUGGCACUGAAAACACCUUGCCAACUGCCACAACAUCCAUCAAUACGAAUUUAAGUCCAAAAGAAGAUAUAAAGUUAGAAGCCUCGACUGUCUCUUUCCAUCCUAGCAUAAAUGAAAAAGUUGAUUCUUGUCCAGUCGAACAUGAAAGUUGUAUUCAUGUUGAUUCAGAAGAAAUAGUAGAAUCACAUUCUAAUCAAGUUAAUACAGAUAGAUCUUUGAAUUUGACUGGAGAGGGAAGUAUUGCUUCUCCAACGCCAGAUGCUAAAGAAUUGCCUACAAUCCAGCAAGAAAAAGAAGAGGAGAAGGUAAAUUCUGAUUCCGUGGAGGGGAAAUAUGAACAGGUCAAGGCUCUUGUAUCUGAGAAGCUGAAACAAGCACGGGAACAGGCUUUAUCUGUAUCUGCAGCAAGGAAGGAUUCCAGAAGGAGGAGAAGAAAAGCUGCAGAGAAUGUUGAAUUAGUAUCUGUAAUGUUCAAGGAAAUUGAAAAGACGCUUGAAGAAGCCUGUGAAGCGGAAGACUUUGAAAUGGCAGAACGCCUAAGUGAGAGCCUUGCGGCUGCUGAAAAGGAAAAAGAACACAUGCUAAAAGCUCUCAAAGAAGCUGAGGCUGAAUGUGAUGCUAUUGAUUCAAAGAUGGAGAAAGCACUUGAGGAUCAGAUUGCUGCUGAGGAUGAAUGUGUUUCUUUGCUACAACGUUUUUCUGCGGAUGCGUUAAGGAAUGCAGAUUUGAUUUUGGAAAAUGUUGAAGUCGAUUCUUCAAAAGAAAUGGAUGAAUGGGUUAUGUCCGUUGAAGCUGUGGAGACGAAGAAGUUGGAAUUAGAAAUUGAAUCACAGUUAGUAAAUGGAGUUCGUACGUCAUUGACUGACUCAAUUGAACAUUUAGUUGAAAAUGAUGUUAAGGAAAAGGAAAUCCUUUGUGCGAAAAAAAAGGUGUUAACACAAGAGUUAGAGGAACUUCUAUGUAUGGUGCAGGAAAAAGAAGCAGAGAUAGCUAAAAAAAAUUCCGAAAUUGAAGCAGCUGACAAAAAGAUUGCUGAAGUAACCGGAGGUUUCAAGGAUCUCCAAAUAGGAAUAGACUCCAAGUUCGAGAAUUUGCAGAUUGUUCUCUCUCAAAAGGAAUCAGAAUGCCAAGCUUUGUCUGAAAGGAAAGAAGAAAUUGAUUACCUUCUUUCUCAAGGAAAGAACCGAGAGAGAGAACUUAGGAAGCUUGCAAUGGGUUGUGAACAUGAGGCCAACAUGUAUAAAGAAAAUCUUAGACUUAGGAAGGCUUUAGUGAUUUCGGUUCUGAAAGUUAGAGAAGAGAAAUCAAGGCUUGCCCAAACAGAGGAGAAAAUUGUGGCUGAUUCUCAAAUGCUCAAGCAGGAGAUUUCUGUUGCUAGAGUUAAUCUUCAGGAACUAUCCUCCAAAAAAUCAAGCAUCCAGCAAGAGUGUGCUGCAACAAAACAACGAAUGCUUUUCAUAGACAAAAGGGUGCCGGAGCUUGAAGCAGAGAAGAAAGUUGCUGCAUCUGCCAGAAACUUUAAAGAAGCUGCACGUAUAGCCUCUGAAGCUAAGUCAUUGAUGGCUGAAAAAGAAAUUCUGCAGAGUAAGAUGGAAGAAUCUGUGUCAGAAUUGGGAAAAAUUGAGGAGGGGAUUGAUGAAACUACCAGGAAAUUGAACGAGUAUGAAGAACUUGUAUCAUCAAAAGAAAAAGAGGCAGCAGUGGCUAGAUUUCAGAGGCUACGUCUUAUUUCUGCUGCUGUUUCGUGUGAAAGAUCAGCUGCUUUAGAGUUGGGUGAUCUGGAAGAAGCUAAUGUGCUUCUUGCAGAAGCAGAAGCUGCAGAUUCUGAAGCGAAACAACUUCAGUCAUUACAUGAUAUUAAUGAGACAGAGUUUGGCAGUCUCUCUGAGCAGUUUAUACCCAUGGAGUUUGUCUCGAGUCUUGAUGGGAAGCAGUUGGAAGAAUUAGCAGCAGGUGGUAACCAAUCUCCAAAUUGAUGUUGUAAAUGGACCUGUUUUUUUUUAUUCAUCUUACAAUUUUUGGGAUAUUCAACUUUCAAAUUGAAUAUAGGAUUUUUUUUAGAAGCUUUCAGUUGUUCGGAGUCAUGCUAUUGUAUGAUAUUGCUCCAAUUAGAACGUAUAUGGUAUUCUUGCUUUGAGCGUAUGUGUUAA